CCAUCUCUAGCUUCCAUAACGAUUUCAAAACAAAAACAUUUAUUGUGUAAUUAGAUUAAUAUAUGCAUUUGGUAUUAAAUGCAAAAUGUUACAAGUUUGUCUAUGUCAGUCUUUGCGAAGAAUGCAAAAAAUGUAAAUGUAUUCUGGAAUAAAUUGGGCGACACAUGAUAUAUGGACUCUCAAGCACUCGAAGCGUUACUGCAAUUAGUGCUAAGUUACAACAGUCAAAAGGAAAUAUUGAACUAGAAACCAAAAAUGAACCUAUAAAAUACUUUGGUAGUUCAGCAGCUCGAUGGAAGGCGGAGUAUUCCCGAAGUGGUCAUGUGAAAGACGAUGAUAUUCCUUGGUACCAGCCCUACGUUGUAAUGGCAAGUGUAGCAAUUUUUCUUAUUUAUUUCUGUGUUCUCCGUGAGGAAAAUGAUAUUGAUCAAGAUCUAGGACGGUCACUGUACGAUCAUGUUCCCGGAUUAGAGGAGAAACAGCUAGUAAUUAGUUAUAAUUACAACAAAGAACAUGGUUUAUCAACAAUCGAGCUAGAACAGAGGAUGAAAGAGCUGGGAAUUAAUACUGAGUAAUCUGUUAUAGUAAAAAUAUUGUAGAAAAUACAGGUGUCUAUAAUAAUCCGGACGGAUUACAUAACAUUAUUAAACUUUUUAUGCUACUCCCGGCAAACGACCCACGUAAAACGGACUAAAUGUACAAUAAACGCACCCAAUUUAUAAUCCAGAGAUGCAAUUUAUACCGAGUUUUGAAUGCGCAUACAGAUUUCACAAAAAAUCAUAAAGAAAAUAACCUUCCCGUCUAAGCUAUCUUUUAGUAUUUAAUUUCAGUGGCUAGAUAAUUUUUUUUAAAUAAACGAACAAAUAAAAAAUUGAA